AUCCCUUCUCUAAAAUGUGAUCAGAGUAAGAGGAUGACACGUGGUUAAAUCAGCUACAAAAUAUAAUUCCCACUUUGUAUAAAAUUCAGUAUAAAAGCAAGAUGACUUUCUUCAUUUCGCUUAGUCUCUUGCGACGAAGUUGACUGUAACCACUAAAUAAUCAUGAAGUUUCUUGUUGUAUUUGCAAUGGUACUGUGUGCUGUUGUUGCAUUUCCACAAAAAGAAGGACAAGCAUUCAGUAAUGAAGCUAUAAGACAAGCUCAAAGUACAUAUCUCAUACCAAAAGAUGCUAAAAUUCAAAAUGUACAAGAAGGUAUUGAAAUUGCUGCUCGUGAAUCAAUUCCAGGUGAUCAAAAAAUUAAUUUAUUUGAACUAUUUGGAGAUGAAGUACCAGCUGAAGUUAUCAACAAUCUUCAAAGCCAAGUUGAUCAAAUUGGACGCAAUUAAUAUGGACAUUAAAAAGUUUAUAAAAAAAAAAUUUUAUUUUUUAUUAAAUCGACGAUGAUAAUUAAUUUAUCUUAAUUCAAUAUUUUUCUGUAUUAUUUUUUUAUAAAUAAAUAAAUUUUUUUUUUCAAUAGAAAAA